GCCACCCUCGGCAAUGGAGCAUGGACUCCCUAUGCUGCCGCGACGUUCGAAGACCAAAGGAAGAAGUCCGCCGGACUCAUCGCCUCCCCCACGGGCAACCAGUUCUACACGGUCGAGAACACCAAUCUCGCCACCCUCAACACCCGCGGCAACAGGGUCCUGCUGAGGUGGGGCGAGCCGGGGCAGAAGACAGAGUGGUCCUGCACAUGCGGGUUCCCCGCGAGGUUCCACAUCCCUUGCUGCGACGUCAUCGCCUUGGCUAGAUCGGAGGACAAGAUGGACGCUGUCAUGGCCCUGAUACAUCCGGCCUAUCGCCUACAAUACCACCGUCGGACCUACGGCGACGACGCGUACCAGGUCAUGCUGCCUGUGCCGUCCACGCUGGAGGAAGAUGACACGCUCCUACCUCCUUUCUGGGUGGCUGGUCAGGCUGGCGCUCCGAAAAAAAAUCCGGGCCGAAGAAGUACAAGAGGAUCCCUGGGCGCGGGGACAAGAACGCGUCGUCGUCGUUCAACAGGCGAGUUUCUGAACUCGGCCCGACUGCAUCCGGAAGCACGGCGGCCCCCUCUCUGUCGCAGGGGGGUGCCACGGCGGCUCCCUCUCUAGGAGUGCCACGGCGGCUCCCUCUUCGUCACAGGGGGGGCGUGCGGGCGGAUCGGUCAUUGUCGGGGGGAUGGUGAUCAACUUGGCACGCUGAGUGCCGGCCGCCGAAUGACGAUGUGUGUGUUGCCGUUUUUGUCCGUGUCACGUACUCCGCGAUGUUUUCUUUCUUUUCUUUUCGUGCCAACCCUGUCCAGUGAAGAAUCGGGGAUCGCGGGCCUUGACACUCGUCUACCCAACGACCAAAUGGGUGAUGACGAUAGUGAAUAAUGGUGGGCAGGGAGGUUUUAUUUCUUUUGCGCUUUCGUCUUUCUUUCGCUGUCGUGUUCCCUGCGGUAUGUUGGCUAAGUUUGGCAUGCAUGGCGUACGAAAAUGUGCUGACCCUUCCGCUUUGAUUGUGCAUCAUUGAUUUGGAUUGUGCAUCGUUGAUUUGGAGCACACACCCUCUGCUGAGUAGGAACGUCCGGGUACACGUUGCUGCUACGCAAGGGAAAUAAACGAGCGUGUCGUGUUGAUAUGUAGAUGCUGGAAGAGGCCCCUUAAUUUUGGUGUGGCAUUCGAGGUCCUUUUGGAGUCCUUUUGAGGGGGGGGUGAGGGGGGCGGGGCGGCCACCGCGUUCCUUUGAGAGAGACGCGUGUUCUCAAGACCAUUUCUUGUUUAUUUCCGACUUUUUUCUCUCUCUCUCUCAUGAUUCGCAUGUUUUUGGGAAAACCGACGCGCAAGUGUUGAAUCGAGACGAAGUAAUGACUGCUGUGUUGCCACAACGCCAAGUUCAUACGAUGUAUGACUGAAAACCUAGUCUGCUAAGGUCAUCCAUGCAUGAUGGGUCCUUUUCGGAGGAUUCCUGAGAGAGGAACACGUGAACGCAGCAUGCGUCAAACACCUUGUCUGUAUGGACUCUUUACCUG